AGAUGGAACCAAGUGGAUUGGAAGCGCAGGAUGAUUCUGAGGUGGACAUCUAUUUGGCCAGCGAGGACGAGCUUGGAUCGUUCAUGGCAGAGCACGACGAAACUCUGUCAGUGUGCGACGACUUUGAACCGCUCAGGAUAGCGGGCGAGAAGAUCUCCAUGGCGUUCGCAGACGAGCCCUCAAGAAUGUACGGGGAGCUCUUGAGACUGUGCAAAGAAGUGGUCAAGGCACUGCACGAGACGAACCACCAUGAGAUGUCCGAUGCCUUCAAGAUGCUGAAGAUGAUCGCGGCUGAUGCGGUCCAGAGAGCAGAGCAGCAUCUGCCGCCACCUUUGCAAGAGGAGGAAGCAGCUGCCGAUCCAGCAGCCUCAGAAAGUCCUGAAUUGAGGACGAGCAUGCAGCGAGAGCUCAAACCUGGCUCAAGGCGCCCAAGACCCCAGGCUCCUCAAGCGGGGGGCAGACCGACGGGCUUGUUCGCGAAUCUGUUCUCGGGGUUCGGGUGGAAGCAGUCCAUCCAUGGGGGAAGGAUAGGUGUGCGGAAGGUGUCUCCGAACCCCGUUCUGUGCGAUCAGCUCUGUUCUAACGGGUUCUCUCGCGCCGAUGUGCUCAAGGUGCUGGUCCGUGUGCAGAAUGAUGCUACGAAGGCACUUGAGAUCCUCACGGGCAUGUACUCGACCUCCAGUGUGGACGAGGAGCUCGUGUCACAGAUGGAAAAGCUGGGGUUUGGAAGGGAAGACGUGGCUUUGGCACUGAAAGAGACGCAGAACGAGGAAGUGCUGGCGUUGGAGAUUCUCACUGACAGGGACAGGAUUGCUGCUCUGCGCGCUAAGGAGGAGCAAAGGCGCAAGUUAGAGUUGUUCGACGAGGAUGAGUUCGAGUUUGUGAACCUCGAUACUGAUGCAGACUGUAAAAGAUCGUGA